AUGAAAUUAACAGGGAAUCGGAAGCCUGUUCAGCGCACUCAAAGUGGUGCGGCUUCUUCGGCUGGGUCGAGUGGUGCGCAAGUUAGACCGCUACCUGGAGUAUGGUGCCGCCAUGUUGAUACUGCUCCUCUGCUUCUACAUGCUGGUCGCUCAUUGGCUCGCUUGCAUCUGGUACUCUAUAGCGCAGUCAUUGUUACAAAUCCAGGGAGAUCAGACGCAGACAACGGACUGCAAUACUCGUGGUUGUGGAAGCUUGCCAAUGUCACCCAGAGCCCUUAUUCGUACAACUGGUCUGCAGACUCUCCUGUUCCAGAGUUGGUAAACGGACCUUCCCGCAAGACGAUGUACGUGACUGCACUCUACUUCACCAUGACCUGUAUGACCAGCGUUGGAUUCGGUAACGUCGCCGCCGAGACGGACAAUGAGAAGAUCUUUACCAUUUGCAUGAUGAUCAUUGCCGCGCUGUUGUAUGCCACGAUAUUCGGUCACGUGACGACCAUUAUCCAGCAGAUGACGUCGGCGACGGCCAAGUACCACGACAUGCUAAACAACGUGCGAGAGUUCAUGAAGCUACACGAGGUACCAAAAGCACUCUCUGAAAGGGUCAUGGACUAUGUCGUUUCCACUUGGGCAAUGACCAAAGGACUUGAUACGGACAAGAGACAGGUAAGAUCAAGAAAACCCAAAUAUGGAAGUAGAAAAUGGGUUAAAGAAAGUACCAACACUUCCAAAUCCACCUCAAGACGUUCAAUUAAUCAAUCAACAAAGAAUGAAGAUAACGAUUCUCAGUAA